GCUCUUCUUCAUCUCUUCUCUUCCCGAACUCAAUUCAUCACUCAAAGAUGCCCCCAGCCCCAGGAAGGAGAAAGGGUCUCACCCCCAUCCAGAAAUGGGAGCUCUGUUUACUGAGGGCUCAAAAUCCAACCAUGAAGCUUGGCGAGUUUGCGGAGCUUACCGCCUGUCCAAGGAGACCAGACGGGAGGCCUUUGCCUAUUUCAAGUAUCUCGGAUCACCUGAAGGGAUGGGAGGAAAGGGUGAAGCAUGGGCCACCCGAAGGUGCGUAGUGUCACCCGAUUCUUUGCUCGGGAAGAAAAAAAUAAAUUCAUCAGGGAACACCAACUUGUUUGGCCGUUUAAUUGACACUCUUACAGGGACAGAUGCGAACAAGGUCAAGGGCCGAUCUGCCAUGUUUCCUCUGUUUGAAUACUUUCUCGUCAGUUGGAUUGAUGCAGCUGCCGCCGAACACGUUUACAUCAACGACGACACCAUCCGCGAACAGGGGAAAAUAAUUCAGAAACGCCUUACCGAGCUGCCCGGAUGCAAGGAAAAUUACGAGAGCUUUGACAUGAGCUCAGGCUGGCUACAAGGAUUCAAGCAAAGGCACAAUGUUGUUCUCAAGAAAAAGAAUAAAGACCUCGUCGAUCCAGCCGAAAUUCCUGAUCACCAGAUGGGCAUGACCAUGCAAUUAGAGAAGUUUGCUCCAAGGGACCGCUUCAAUUGCAGCGACCUCAGACUCGAGCUCACCAGACUCCCGGAAACGGUUCCCGACAGAAGACGGGUCACCGUUUUUCUCUGUGUGAAUGCUGAUGGAUCGGAGAAGCGGCGGGUGCUUGUCGUCAACAGAGUUGCCACUCCAUUGUCAUUCAGCCAGGAAAAAGUCAAUCCAGCCAACCUUCCAGUGAUCUAUAGAUACAGUCAAAGACCCUGGUAUACUGGGUUGUGGUAUGACUUCCUCCGUACCUUCGACACGGAAAUACGCGCGGAAAAGCGACACGCUGUCCUCUUAUGCCAAACUUCUCCAUCUUACCCCCCUCCCACACAACCUCCCCACUUCUACAAAGGGCCUCCCCCCCCAGUGUUGACGAAUAUUACUCUAAUAUUCCUCCCGUCAAAUCUUCCGAUGAGCUUACAACCAUUAGAUCAGGGUAUCAUUGCAUGUUUCAAGGCAACCUACCGGCGAAUGUAUGUUCAAGCACUAGCCCUCCAUCGCACAUUGACCGGCACGGCCCGUAGUAAGCUCACUCACCUCGAAUGCAUCGGUAUAAUCGCCUCCGCGUGGCAAGCCAUACCCCCUCGUACAAUUGUUCGUUGCUGGCAAGUCUCUGGAAUAUGCCAAGAUCUUUUACACGAGGAGGUAACCGAGGAAUUUAAACCCGAGCGUUAUAUACAUACUCAGGAGUCGUGGUGCGGGCGCUGUGUUCGUCAAAUCAUGCCACAUACACAUGGGGAAGCGUUUCGCCUCUUUUGGCAACUGGACGAGAGUCUCCCGUCUGAAGGAAUGGCUCCUGAUGCCAUUAGACUUAUUGAUGAGGCCGUUGCGGCCGGGGUACUCGAGCACGGCCCCGAUGGUAUUAACCUGGACGAUGUCGAAACCGGAGCGGGUGACCCAAUGCCCGAAGAGAUUAUAUCCAGCCAAACGGCCAUCAAAUAUCUUUCUCAGGUAAACCGGUAUCUACGCUCAUUGCCGGAAACUGAAUUAAGAGUGCCGCAAGGGCGCAGCAUCGCCACCAGGGGUGCCAUAGAACACAAUUCCAGAAUUAUCUCAGGAGUUUUUCAGUAUGUGAUUCCUCACACUCUAGGAUAUGACUAACAUUUACAGGCACAUCGAGAACAACAAGCCGAGUUCCAGAAGAGGGUCUUCAAGGAUGGAUAUAGAUGGGCCCGAAAAAGAGUCGUCGCAGGAACAAUGGGAUACAGAGACGAUUAGCCAAGUCUAUCCGAGUCUCUUGAUGUCUUGAGUCUUACGCGAAGGAAUAGGGGGGCUGGUUUGGAAUUGAUGAAUGUAUUUCUCAGAAAAAGCACAUGCACCAAAGGCGCCCUGGUCUCCUAAAAGCAAAUGCAAAAGUACUAGUCUAUCCUAUAGCUUAACUCGCCAUCUUCGAUGUAUACAAUAACUAUCUUCUAGGAGCCUACACGGGCGCCAUCAAUACUACCAAGGAGUCGCUAGGAGCUCCCCGGAUAGCAUAAGGAUUCGCAUAAGUUUCCACAUUUGCCUCGGUUCACAAAUCACGAACCCGACACGAAAUACUUGCUACCAGCGUAGGGAUAUGACU